CUUCAGGCAAGAAUAGACUAAAGAAUCUAUUCUUCUCACCCACACCGUCUCAUUUGUAAGCACCACCUUUGCACUUUCACGUACUGCUGCCCGCACUGUCAACGUGAAAUGCGACACGAGCACGAACACCCACGAUCGUCACUGCUCAAUCCACUGCUGGACUAAGGGCUGCCCCCCCCCCCCCCACGUGGUGUCGGUCACGGUGGUUGUUUGACCAUACUUCACCGCGCUGGUGAAUUGGCACGGCGAGAUGGGGCGCGGGAGGGCACAUGGCCGGCUGGACAAGGCACCCUCGGUGGACCCCCGGUGCCACGCCCAGUCUCCGUUCUGCGCGCGGGGCCGUCGAGGUGGCGGCCUGCCCACUGUGCAGCCCGAGGAUGGCCUCGUUGUGUUCCUGCUACGCUCCGAGGGCCUGGGCCGCCACCACGAGCCCUUCCUGUCUGAGCUCCAGAGCCACUUCCCUGGGCUGCAAGGCCUGUGGAGUAGCUACCGCGAGUCCCUGGGGUUCUACAGUUUCCUGAUGAAACGCAAUUUCACGCUGAGCUGGGACCCUCUGUUCGGCACGUCCUCCGGGGCGACGCCCCUCCUCCUGGACAAGGGAGGAGACCCCAUCUGGUGCAACGUAGGGGCCUCCUGUUUCACCUCGGUUGAGGGUGGCUCAAUGGAGGCUGCGAGCGUCGUCAAGGUGGCCGAGAUGACGGGUGAGAAUUUCAACCAAAUGGCCGCCUGGGUGCAGUCGCAAAACGCCACCGUGACGCCCUUCGACCUCUGGACGGUCUACAACGGCACGGGCAGCAACAUGACGGUGCAGUUCGACGCGCGGGACAGCAACGGCUACGUGCAAGGCGUCAUCGCGAAGCUCUCCUCCAUCGGGGCAAAUUUCAUCGGGUCCGUGACUGCCAGGCGGUCACGGCUCGCCCUCUACAGCGACGCAGCCAAGCCCCUCGGAAACGGCAGCGACAUCUUCGGCCCCAAGUCGAAGCAGCAGGCGCUGGCGAAGGACAUGCUGAAGUUCUUCAGCUACUUUCGGCCGGGCCAGACACUCAUGGAGCGUGCGAGGAGCACCAUUGGUAUCUUAGUCGAGGUCAUGUACUACAAGCGGUUCUUCAUUUACCGUGACGACACGUACUGGCAGCUGCAGAUGAUUUACCCGUACUUCGCUGUGACCGAUGAGUUUUGGCCGUUGCCUAAAGCCGCCUACGACUUUCCCUUCCUCCUUUAGUAGCCCCCUCUUCUCACCCCUAAACACAUUCGCAAAGUAUACUCGCAGAAAUGGGUACUCGCUUGAUUGUUGCUUCUUUGUUUUGUGACCCGCCUGCAGUGGCUUUUGCAACCAAUAGCAAGAGAGAGACUAAAACCACGUGUUAUACACACGCUGUUCUGUGACAUUUUGCAAACAUGCAUUUCAAUCUUCGUAGGUAUGUAAUCGUCGAUGAUGAACUUUACAUUGCCAUGUGUUCGACAGAUUGACAAACUAUGGCGAGUACUUAUAGCGCUGUUCCUUGUUGCCAAGAUUUUGGUUGAUGCUUUUCUUAGUUUGUCAUUUUCCCAUAGGAUAAGAAUUUCAUAGCAACAUAACAUUUAGACUGAAACGUUGUGUGACAGGACUAAUGUGGUUAACAUGUUGAGCCUUGCUAGGAAAAUCACAGAAAAGAAUGUUCGAAAUGUAUUUCAAAUGGCCAUUGCAGUUUGUGUGCUUUUACUUUUUGUUUAACUGAUUUGUGUAACCUGUGGAAAUCUGGCUAGUGUAGUCGGGUAACGUUUAUUUUCAGUUUUUUAACAUAUGAUCUAAUUGGGCUCCUGGAAAUUAAACCUUGUUAUUUUGUAUUGUUUUCCUCCUCAAUAAAUCACGGGAGAAUGAAUACCCCAUGUGC